GGGUCCUGGGCCCGGGCCCGCCUCGCCCCGCCCCGCCCCGCCCGCCGUGACGCGGGCAACGAGAAACCUCCCGCUGCCGCGGAAACCGAAACUGAAGCGGGGCCGGGCGGCGGCGGCAGAGUCGGGACCGGCACCGCGACCAGGGCACCCGCGCUCCGGCCGGCUGCCUGAAGCUUUGCCCCGAGGCAGCGGCGUGCAGGCAUGGAGUGCCUUCGGUGCCACUUUGUUUCUCAAGAUGCUUCUCCCAACUUCUGCAGCAAGUGUGGGCUCCUGCUGGGACCCUCCCUCCGCACAGCACCCCCCACCACGGAGAAAGGAGGCGGUGAGGCCAGGGAGAUGGAGAUGGAGAUGGAGCUGGAGCCUGGACGAUCGCUGAGGGUAGAGGGUGUCCCCUUCUCUGGGCUGGGUGCCGAGACCAGAGACACGAAGGGGAAGCCAGAAGAGUCGCUUACGCAGGACGCCGGGGCUCAGACCGGUGGCUCCAAGAAGAAAGCAGUACAAGGGGUGAGUGAGGUAGAGGCUGCCAGCCCUCCUUCCAGAAAGAGGAAAAAGGAGAAGCCAGGCUCACCUGAAGGCAGCAGCCCAUCUCUCGCAAGCCCACAGCAGAAAAGGAGGAGGGGGAAGAAGAAUAAGAAGAAGAAAGAUGCCCUGGGCAUGGAGCAGCUGGACUCCUUGAAGUCAGGCGCACCUAGCACAGAUUGUUCUGUGGUCUCGGAAAGAUCCUGCGACCCCUUUCCCGCGUCGGAAAGCACAACCCAAGAGGACGAAGCGGCCAAGCCAGGCGCUGCACUGCCUGCUGGUCGCACCGCAGGUGAAACAAAAAGCAGCGAUUCUGUGGGCUCCUUGGGAGACGAGAAUAAAAACACAGAAAUGGCUGUGCGAGAUCACUGCAGCAGCAGCACCAGCCUCCAGGAUGAUGCUUGUGCCAAGACAGCUCAGCCCACAGGCUCCACGGCUCCACAGGAGAAGAUGGAGGAUGGAAAUCCCAAAGGUGAUGGACAAAAGGGCAGAGAAGAGAGGGCAUCUGAGAAGCAGGAGGAUGCCCGCAGCCCUGCUGAAACGGAGCAGCCUCUGGGAAAAGCAUCCGAUGCCCAAACUUCAGGGGCAGAUGGAGAUGCACCGGGCUCCAAAGGAGCUGGAGAAGGGGACUCCCCAGGGCUUCCCACCAGCGCGGAAACGCCGGAGAACGAAGAAGCUAGUCCUUCUGCAGAGGCUGUGAAUCAGAAGAGCAAAGUCUCGCCAACCGAGCCUCCGGACACACGCAGCAGGGGAGGGAAGGUGGAACAAGAGUCCAAGCAGCAAGCGCACGCUCCAGCGUCAAAGGCAACCAGCCAGGUGGUGGUAGGAGGGCUGCAAAAGGCGGCAGGAGGGUCACAGGAGGCCCCGAAGGGGACAGCGGAUAAUAAAAAGGGACCAAAGGAGGCUGACCACCCGAAACAAGACUAUGCCUCUGUUGUAAAGACCACAAGCAAAAAGGAGGAGAAGCAGCAGGCAAACCAGAAGGCGGGUGAGGAAGGACGAGGCAGAAGUCAAGCCCAAACAAAGGGUGACGUCCCGAGCAAUCAGAAAACCAAGCAGAAGGAGCAAGACAAGAAAGCCACUCCACGUGUGGUUAAACAGAGCCACGUGUCUCCUGCAAAAGGCAUCAUGGUGUACUUCCAUGCAGUCAUCUCUAAAGACUUCAAGCUCAAUCCUGAGCAGCAUAAAGUGUUCAUCAGGGGAGAAGGUAUUUCAGGAUAUGAAAAAUGGCAUGAUAAUAUCUGCGAAUUGCACUGUACAAAGGACCUGCAAGAGCACGGACACCUCUUUGAAGGAUACGUUCUUAUUUCCAAAAACAAUUUGGAUAAAGGCAUUGCCUACAAAUACUAUAUAGCUGGUGAGAAAAAGGGAGAGUAUGAAAUGAUUUACAAGUCUGGUGGUCCAGAAGGUUACAUCAAUCGCUACAUGCACGUAUCUUCUGAUCUCUGUUACGAAGAAUGGCAUCAGUAUGAUGAUAUCGUGUGUGCUCCACUUGAUCCUUCUCUGAUGAAGAAGAUCAAGUAUUUUUUGGGGCUGGAUGAUACAAAGAAAAAAGUUUUGACGGGGAAGAGGAUAGCCGGAGAAAUCAUGUUGGAGACCAUCUUCAGCCUCCUAAGCACCUGGUCCUGCAUCAAUGUAACGAGCUUUUUCAACCAGUUGCGUCAGUUUUAUGUAGUGACCAGCAAUCCAAUGGUGUACCAGGGAAGGCCAGAAAAGUGGACAUCGCUAGAGUUUGGAACAAAAGAGGUCAACGAGAUGCUUCUGGUGUAUUUGAGAAAACUAGGCAAGCCAUUGCUUGAGAGAGGUGCAUCUGCUCCACCAGAAAACUGGCCGGUGAAGAGUAAACUAGAGUUGGGGCUGAUCACUCUUGUAAUAGGUGAAUGCUACGGACUUCAGACCUCGAAAGAGGACCUGACUCAACUCUGCAGCCUGCUUUGCUUGGAAGAAAAGCUGGGAGACGAUGCUUUCCACAAAAUGGGCCACAUUUUAGAGCCGUUUAUGAAAAAUCCAUGCAUGAAGCAAUACCUGAUCCAUAUGUGCGAGAGAUGCAUGGAAAGUCAAGUGGAUCAGUGGGUGUGGAUCCUUCCUCUUCUGCAUUUCUUCGCUCAUCCUUUCGACCCUGUCAGACGCUCUGGAGCAGACUCUCACCAGAAAUCUGAAGAGGACUGGGCAGGGCUAGAAGGUCUGGCAUUCAAUGACUUCAAAAUGAGCACGUCUUAUCAGGGGAACCAGCUGCUGAAGCUCAUGGAAAGAAAGGCAUACCUGUUGAGAACAGACGAGAUGCUGGGCCGUUCCUGGUUCUGCUUGCUGCCCGUGGAUGUCUUGGGAGAGUUUCUGACCCGUUUACCUGUGCAGUUGUUGGAUGCUCUUGUAGGAAUUUACCAUCAACUACAAAGCAGCUACAUUACGUACACCACAACUGAGUCAAUAGGGAAUCUCCUAAGCAAGCUGACAGAGCUUCUGGAUCGUCACCAGAAAAGACCCCUACCACAAGACGUCUUGGAGGCCUGCUUGAUUGUCUGCUCUAAACUCUAUGACGUCGUCUGCAAAAAAAACAAGUCCAGUUAUUAUCAUGGACUUACUGCUGCAGCAGCUGUGAUUGUUUCCAGAGCUAGUGGCCUUACAUCCUUGGAGGUUUCAAAAGAUGCUUCAACAAGUGGAAGUCAUCAGAGUAUAUCAGUGGUGGACACCCUGAACAAUCUCCUGAGCCAGACAAGAAAGUGGCUUCGAGAUUGUUUAAGCAAGCCGCACUACAGUGCGUAUGGGGCCACUCUUCAUAACGAGCUGGAGGUCUGGGAUCGGUUUGUGAGGAUAACCUUUCCUGAUGAACAGUUCACUGAGACGUGGAAGAAAACUCUAGUUUCUGACCUGGAAGGGAAGAUUAAAAAGGAACCUCCAGUUCAACUGAUCAAAGACUACUGCGCCCAUCAUGAUGAGUUCAACAAGCUAGACUCUUACAUCGGGAAGUCCUUUGAGAACUGUGCUAUAGAAGCUGUUAACAUGGCGUGCCAGUCUCAGAAAAACCUCUUGGACAUGGUGUCAUCUUACGACCUGAGCAAAUUUGGUAAGCUCGUGUCAGCAGUGAUCACAAAAUCCUGGAUCCCUGACAAAAAUGGAAGGCCUGUAGAUGACUUCGAUGAAGUCCUGCUUCAUUUGCUUACGUGGCCAGACAUCAAGCAUCUUUUCAACUUCAGUGGAGCCAAUGGGCAGGUCCUGGAUCAACUUACUGAUGAAGCCAAGCAGCUAAUGGCCAUGGCUGACUCGGUUUUCAUGCACAUCGAUGAACACAUCAAGAAUGGAGAGAUCCUAGUUAAGCGCUUAGACCUCAUCCUAAAGCACAAGAAACAAUUUCUCUGCAUAUGGGAGCUGAAGCAUAAGCAUCUUCCAUCCCCGGAAAGAACAAAGCUGAACCGUGACCUGGAAAAAAUGCUGGCGCUCAGGAGGGAGGAAAAGAUAUCUGUAGAGAGAGAGAGGAAAUGGGUGACAGCGCUCCUGGACAUGUGCAGGAUGGUGCAGACAGUUAUAAGAGUGGAUGCCGCUGAUGUGGAGGAGAAACUUCAGGAGGAUCUGGGCACAAAAGGACUCUAUGAGGUUUGUGACGUGAGAACACUGGAUUCUCCCGGCGGAGGUCCCAUAAAAACCUAUUACAAUCUGAGCCCAGAGCUGCGGGAGGUGGCUGAGGUUAUGUGCACCUUCAAGGAGAGCAGCGUCUUCCAGUUCUGCUGGAAAAAGGCAGCGCAAGAGCAAAUGGAGGAACAAGAAGAUCUGGAUGAAGGAGCCACCCCCACACUACCCCUCGAUGAAGUGUACGACUCUCUGUUCUCUCCUUGCUACCGUGAAUAUCAGAAACUCCAUCGUGAGCUGAUAUCGGGAGAGCUGACCUUUGCAAAGGUGGAUGAUGUCUUCAGAGACUUUAAGAACCAUUACGAAGUUCUGAAAUCUGACCUCCGGCUCAUGUGCAAACUGCAGGAACAAGGUGACAGAAAAUGGAUCGAGCUGCGUCUUCGGCAGAUCCAACAAUACCACGAGCUGGACUUGGCUAUGGACUCUGCUGUGGUGAUUGCGAAGAUCAGAGAGGAUUUAAACCUCUCCGGUGACUUCAGCAAAAUCCACAAGAUUCUGAACUUUCGCAACCAGCUGGAAUCCAUAAAGGAAGAGAGGCUGGAUUACAUCAGCCCCGACCUCAUGAAAGCCAAGCAGCUGCUGGAAGAGAUCAAGGAGCCCCUUCGCAGGUGCCUGGAGCAGUUCACAGUCAGGAAGGACUUUGUCAACUGGGUCAAAGAGGCUUUGGAAGAUGUAAAUGAGCUCAAGGUGUUCGUGGACCUGGCCUCCAUCUCGGCGGGGGAGAACGACAUGGACGUGGAUCGUGUGGCCUGCUUCCACGACGCUGUGCUUGGCUACUCCUCCCUGCUGUACGAGCUGAAGCGGGAGUCGGGGUUCGAUGACUUCAUGCAGUGCCUGAAGAAGCUGGGGAAAGCCCUGGAGAGUGACGAAAACCUUCCCAAGAAACUGCGUGAUUCUGCUCGGCACUUGGAGUGGCUGAAGACCGUGAAAGAGAGCCACGGGUCUGUGGAGCUGUCCUCUCUGUCGCUAGCCACCAACAUCAACAACCAUGGGGAGUACGUCAUCAGAGCCCCGCCGGAGGGCCAGAAGGUGUCUCUGGACACGGUGCUGCGCCUGAAGCUCUCGGAGAGCCACGGGGACAGCGACGAGAUACGGCAGUACUCCUUGGAGGAACUGCGAGAACUGCUGAACAAGCUGAUGCUGAUGUCGGGCAAGGGGGACCAGAGUAUGGAGGUGGACAAGUUUUCAGAGGUGUUUUCCAGUGUCCAGAGACUGGCGCAGUCCUUUAUAGACCUGUACUCGGCAGGGAACAUGCUCUUCCGAUCCUGGGCCGCCUACGUGUAUUGCUCGCCCAGAAGCAAGGCAUGCACAAGCAUGGAUUUCUGUUUGAAAGCCAUCCCCAAGCUUGUAGGGAGGGGAGAGGUGACAGCGCUGCUCCCGCAGCUCUGCAGGACGAUGGAGAGCUUCCUGGUGCGGUGGAAGGACUUUGUGUCCGAAAAGCGUUCCCGGUAUUUCUACCUGAACUACUACACGGCAGAGCAGCUGGUUUACUUGUGCGGGGAGCUCACAAAAGGGCAGCCCAGCGAGAGAGCGUUGAUGAUGCUUUCAUUUGUGAAGCAAAACUGCACCGAGAGGGAUGUGGACGUGGCUUGCAGACGGGUGGUAUCCAGACACACACACACGAGCUUCCCGGACUUGCCAGCAGUGUUGGCCACGGAGGACCUGCCUGUCCAGCUGAAGCGUGUCUGGGGGUCCUACAUGGAAGACAUGCGUGCUUUCUUGCCAAACUGCUUGGACAUGGAUGCUCUGGGCAGUUGCCUUGACCAUCUGGCCCAUCGAGAGAAGCAGCAUGUUCGGCGAGCUCUCCCUCAGUGCCUGCAGGCCGGCAGGCCCAACCUUAUCACUUGUCCUAGGGCCGAGGUGCUGGCUUCGGCACUGGCCAUAUACAUGAGCAGCCCAGGCCAGCCCUUGCCCACCUUCGACGAAGUGCUCCUAUGCACACCUGAGACCAGCCUGGAGCAGGUGGGGCUCUUCCUGCGCCGGUGCCUCACGCCCAGCGACCGCGGGAAGAUCUACACCAUGCUGUACGCCGACGAGCUGAGCUACGACGUCGGGUGCAGAGCGGAGGAGCUGUUCCAGCGCCUGCUCAAGCAGUCCCACCUGGACAGCUACUGCCUCGUCAUCCUGUGCGACUGCGAGAGGGAGCACUGCUACAUCCCUUCUGCCUUCAGCCAGUACAAGGUGCACGCCACCCCCCAGGAGGAGCUGAAGGACAUCCAGGAGUAUCUGAGGAGCCACUUCGUGGUCACCCAGCCUACCAAGUCAGCAGCCUCUGUGUUCAAGGACCACAUGUGUGUUAGGAUCGUGUCCUCCAAGAGAGCCGGCGUGGGAAAAUCUCUCUAUGUGAAAAGGCUGCAUGAAAAACUGGAAAAGUGCUAUGACAUGACUGCACGUCUAGAAACGAUCAGGCUGAUUGAACCCCAGGUAGAUGAAAGCAAAGUGCUGAGAUCUCUCCUGCCUUUCCUGAGACGGCAGCACCAGCAAAAGCCCAUGAUAUUCCACAUUGACAUCACCUCCUCGGUACGAGGCGGGAUUGCAGAGUUCCUCUUCAAGCUGCUAGUUCUGCGGUACCUGGCGGACGCUGAUGGGAACAUGUGGCUACGGCAGCCACAUCACUUGUAUGUCAUUGAAAUCCUUGAAACGGAUCCAGCGCCAAAGAAGCCCACGAGGCUGGGACUGAAGUACAGUUUCCUGGAGGUCUUCCCUAAGAUCACAUGCAAGUCUCCUAAAGAAGUGCUGGAAAUGGAGACGCAGGGAAGCCCGUCUCGGGAUGCCCUGGAGCCAGGAAUGGAUCUAGUGGAGUUCUGCAGCGAGGCCUUCCAGAGACCUUUCCAGUACCUGACACGAUUCGACUCUGGGGACAACCUGGAUCUGUUCAGCUACGACAGGGGCUCUGUCGAGGGGAGUCCCGCGGAGUGCCUGCAGCGGUUUCUCAUGCACUGCGGCGUGAUGGACCCCUCGUGGUCGGAGCUGAGGAACUUUGUCUGGUUCCUGAACAUCCAGUUGCAAGACUGUGAAGCUUCGGUCUUUUGUAACCCUGAAUUUGUCCAGGACACUCUGCAGGGUUUCAAACGCUUUGUGGUGACCUUCAUGAUCCUAAUGGCCCGGGAUUUUGCCACCCCCUCUCUGAACAUCUCCGAUCAGAGCUCAGGGCGAGCCACCUUUGACUUGGAGGGCGUCACGGAAGCAGAUCUCUUUCCUUUCCGCAUUCGGAAGAAGUGGGAAUCGGAGCCCCAUCCAUACUUAUUCUUCAACGAAGACCACAUCUCCAUGACCUUCAUUGGCUUCCAUCUUCAGGGCAAUGCCACUGGUGGCAUUGACGCCGUCAGUCCUGUGAAUGGCGAUAUCCUCAAAAGCAACGUCAUGACCUCCCAGCUGUACAAGGGGCUGUUGCUUCAGCGGGUUCCUUUCAACAUGGACUUUGACCGGUUGCCCAGACACGAGAAGCUAGGGAAACUGUGCAUGAUUUUGGGAAUCGAGUGGCCCAUGGACCCUGAUGAAACGUAUGAGCUCACGACGGACAACGUACUCAAAAUCCUGGCCAUUGAGAUGCGGUUCAGAUGUGGCAUCCCAGUUAUCAUCAUGGGAGAAACAGGCUGUGGGAAAACCAGGCUUAUCAAGUUCCUGUGUGAGCUGCGCAAGGUUGGCUCCGACGCAGAGAACAUGAAACUAGUGAAAGUCCACGGAGGCACCAGCGCAGCGACAAUUUAUGAUAAGGUCAGGGAAGCGGAGGCUGUCGCCAAGACCAAUAAGGAGCUCUACAGGCUGGACACGAUCCUGUUCUUCGAUGAAGCCAACACGACUGAAGCCAUUAGCAGCAUCAAGGAGGUGCUGUGCGACCGUACGGUAGAAGGGAAGCCUCUGGACCCCUAUUCGGGCCUGAAGAUCAUUGCCGCGUGCAACCCUUACCGGAAGCACAAAGAGGAGAUGAUUCAACGCUUGGAGUCGGCGGGUCUCGGCUACCGCGUCAAAGCAGAUGAGACCAGAGAGAAGCUCGGCUCCAUCCCACUGAGGCAGCUCGUGUACCGCGUCCACGCUCUCCCCCCCAGCAUGAUCCCUCUGGUGUGGGAUUUUGGGCAGCUGAACAACCUGACAGAGAAAAUGUACAUCCAGCAGAUUGUUCAGAGGCUUACCGACUCGGUCCCGGCAACAGAAGAUGAACUGACGGUCAUCACGGAGGUGCUCUACAUCUCGCAGAGCUACAUGAGGGAGAGGGCUGACGAGUGCAGCUUCGUCAGCCUCCGGGACGUGGAGCGCUGCGUGGAAGUGUUCAAGUGGUUUUACGACCACAGCGAUCUCCUGCUGAAAAACCUGGAGGAGCUCCCUGCGAAGAGGUCUGAGAAAAUACCUGUAAAAAGGAACAAAGCCCUCUGGGCUUUGGUACUGGCAACUGGGGUCUGCUAUCAUGCGUCCUUGGAGAAGAAGAAGUUGUACAGAAACAGGAUUUCCAAGGCCCUUCCAAAGCCUUACAACAACCAGAAAGGGAUUUUGGAUGAGAUCUGCCUGAUGCAGGACGUCUUUCUGCGUGGCGUGCAGCUGAGAGAGACCAUUGCCAAAAAUGCGGCCUUGAAGGAAAAUGUCUUUAUGAUGGUCAUCUGCAUUGAGCUGAAAAUCCCCCUCUUCCUCGUUGGCAAGCCUGGCAGCUCCAAAUCCCUCGCCAAAACCAUCGUGGCGGAUGUCAUGCAAGGCCAGGCCGCUUACGUCGAUCUCUACAAGGAGCUGAAACAGAUCCACCUGGUGUCCUUCCAGUGCAGCCCUCACUCGACGCCCGAGGGGAUCAUUGGGACCUUCAAGCACUGCGCCCGCUUCCAGGACGGGAAGAACCUGGACGAGUACGUCUCGGUGGUGGUGCUGGAUGAGAUUGGGCUGGCCGAAGACUCUCCUAAAAUGCCCCUGAAGACCCUACACCCGCUCCUGGAGGACGGCUGCAUCGACGACGAUCCGCUUCCGCACAAGAAAGUCGGUUUUAUCGGCAUCUCCAACUGGGCCCUGGAUCCAGCCAAAAUGAAUCGGGGCAUCUUUGUUUCCCGCGGUGAUCCCAAUACCACAGAGCUCAUUGAGAGCGCAAAGGGGAUUUGCUCUUCGGACCCGGUCACCCAGAAGAUUGAGCAAUACUUUCCCCUGUUUGCGGAGGCAUACGACAGGAUUUGCAAGGGCCAAGGCAGGGAUUUUUUUGGGCUGCGCGAUUACUACAGCCUCAUCAAAAUGGUCUUUGCUCUCACCAAGUUCUCACAGAAAGAGCCCACGCCUCGCGACAUCGCGCAGGCCGUUCUCCGUAACUUCAGCGGCAAAGAUGACAUCAACGCCUUGGACACGUUUACUUGCAAGUUACCGGGCAAAGAAGAAAUACGUGCUCACGACAUCAGCACCAUUGAACUCGUCCAGCAGAACAUCUACAGCGACGGUCAGGACAGCGAGUGCAGAUACCUGCUGGUGCUAACGGAGAACUACGCAGCCCUGCAGAUCCUCCAGCAGGUGUUUUUCACAAAGAGGCAGCAACCAGAGAUUAUCUUUGGCUCCAGCUUCCCCAAGGACCAGGAAUACACCCAGAUCUGCCGCAACAUCAACCGCGUGAAGAUCUGCAUGGAAACGGGGCAGAUGGUCGUCCUCCUCAACUUGCAGAAUCUCUAUGAAAGCCUCUACGAUGCCCUGAACCAGUAUUACGUGCACCUGGGGAGCCAGAAGUACGUUGACUUGGGUUUAGGCACCCACCGGGUGAAAUGCAGAGUGCACCCUGAUUUCCGUCUGAUCGUCAUCGAGGAGAAGGACGUGGUGUACAAGCGCUUCCCCAUCCCGCUGAUCAACAGGCUGGAGAAACACUACCUGGAUAUCGACAUCGUCCUGGAGAGGUGGCAGAGGGAUGUUGUGGAAGAGCUGAAGAGAUGGGUGAAUGAUUUCACGGCGGUUGAUACUGAGAAGCAGCUCCUGGGCCAGCAGAAGUACAGCCCCUCCGACGUCUUCGUGGGGUACCACUCCGAUACCUGCGCCUCGGUCGUCCUGCAGGUGACGGAGAGGCUGAAGCAAAUGCACUCUCUCGAGGAGCUGAUGCUGGAGGUGAAAAAAGAGGCCCAGCUGGUGCUACUGAACUGUGCCACGCCGGACUCGGUGAUUCGCCUGGGCAGCGCACGGCUCGAUUCCUUCAUGGCCGAGCGCCUGGCCAAGGUGUACUUCAAGGAGCAGCAGCACACAUCUCUUACGGAUUUUGUCUGCGCUCACAUCCAGACACAGACCCAAGCCCGCAUGGUCUUUACCGAGGUCACCACUUUCUCGCGGCUCCUGACGGCCACCGAUUCGGAGAGCUUGAGGGCAGAGGUGCAGGGCGAGGUGCAGAGCCUGGCCCUCCUGUCUCUGCAGCAGUUCGACACCGAGCACUCCUUCCUCAAAGAGAUUCGGAGUUUCCUUGAUGCUACUUCUGGGAAUAAAAUCCUGAUUAUUCAGACAGACUUCGAAGACGGUUCUCAAAGUGCCCAGCUCAUCGCCUCGGCUAAGUACUCGGCCGUCAAUGAGAUCAACAGGGUGGAGCUGGGAGACGUCUCCGUCUUCGUCUACUUCAUCACAAAGCUGUCCCGCGUGGAAGGGGGAGGCUCCUACGUGGGCUUCCAUGGAGGGCUGUGGCGGUCCGUGCAUAUCGACGACCUCCGCAGAUCCAAGGACAUGGUCUCCGACGUGACUGCUCUGAGGAACUUCACCAUCAGCCAGCUCUUCCGUGAGGACACAGACGAGCCUGAACCUAUGAUAGUGGACGGGGAAAAGCAGCAGGAGGAGCGGAUGGAGGUGGAGACGGCUGCCUUGGAAGAGGAGGAGUACAGCGCCGAAGUCCUGGGCACGACCAACCUUUUGAGGAGCUGUGUGCAACCCGCGGUGGGCAUGCUGAGGGACGACAACGAGGGCUCCAGUCGGAGCACGAGGAGGGUUGAGAUUCUUCUCGGCCUUCUGUCGAAUGAGGACGACUCGAAAGCCUCCUUCCUGAGGAUAUCCAAAAACCGUCUCUUCAGCCUUUUGAAGAAGCAAGAAGAGAAUUCCUUCCACGUGGGAGACUGGGUGCUUCGGGAGGCUUCCAACCUCAACGCCCUCCAGGAGGCAGGGACUUUCAGACAGACCUUGUGGAAGCGGGUCCAGAACGCAGUGAUCCCGCUGCUGGCUCACAUGGUGUCUGUCAUAGACCGGGACAGUAACCUGGAGUUACUGGUCAAGCCGGACGCAGAGGACUGCGUGAAAGCACUGUGGAUGUUCAUCUUCAAUGACCUGAAACUUCUGGACGUGCCCCACAAUGUGGGCAGCCGCAGCUCCCAGACCGAGACCAUCCUGGUGCCGAAUAACAUGAAUGUGUAUGAUGGCAAUAAGAUGCCCUUCAGCUGGAGGAUAAAGGACUAUUUGGAAGAGAUCUGGCUGCAAGCUCAAUACAUCCAAAGCCAAGAAGGUCCUGCAGCCAAGUUUGUGGAUAUAUUCCAGAAGACCCCGCUGGGCAGCUUCAUUUCUAGCCUGGCUGAGCAAGACAGGAACCAGCUCUUCCACUUCUAUGUCAUAGACUUCAUCCUCCUGACUAUGAGUGUGUCCUGUGUCGGAGAGUUACAGGUUCUGCAGACAGCUCUCUUGUCCUGCGUCGAGGAACUACAGGCUGCGUUGCCAAGUGAAGAGAGGAUGCUGUCCUUGCCCUGGGUCCACCUGGGAUACCAUCGGUUCAGGAGCCGGCUGCAGAACUUCUCCAGGAUCUUGGCUGUGAAUCCCAGAGUGCUGAAGGAUCUUGAGGAACAGUCAGUGGCAGAUCCCAUGCUGGCACGCUCUGGGAUGGUGCUGGAUGUGUUUGCGGCCCUGGCUUGUACUGAGAGGCUGGAGAACGAAGUGCUGAAGUGCAACCCGCAGGCUUGGCUCCAGCAGGUGAAGAACCUUCACAUGCCCAUUGAACUGGUCUGCACGGAGAAUUACCUGCAAGGCCAUAGCAGCCAUUGCCAUCAGCUGCUCCAGGAAGUAAGGAUCCGGUGGAACCGGAUCUUCUCCAUGUCUCUCUUGGUGGAGCAUGUGCUGCUGGGGGUCAACGCCCACCUCCCAGAGCUGCGGGACCUGGUGCAGAGACACAUCCUGAUGCUCGGCAAGUGCCUCCAGGGGAACUCUGACCUCAAGACUCAGGAAACUUUCUUUGCGGUGAUGAAGGUGCUGUGUCUCUGUAAGGAAGAAGCCAGCAAAACGAUCUGCAGAUAUGGUCUGAUGCCAUGUCCGAUCUGCCUGGGAGACCCCCAGGAUCCCGUCACGCUGCCAUGCGAUCAUGUCUUCUGCCAGAACUGCAUCAAACAGUGGCUAGCACCAGGCCAGAUGAUCUGUCCAUACUGCAGAGUCAACCUCCCAGAUGCCUAUAAUGUAACCGUCUCCAAGGAGCUCAGUGAGGCUAUCCAGAAGAACGCCAAGUUUCGGCAGAUGUGCAACAGCUUCUUCAUAGACCUGGUUUCCACCAUGUGCUUCAAGGACAAUGAACCGCCAGAGAAGGACGUGAUUGAGGGGCUGUUAGGGCUGCUGUUUGCUCACCGGAAGCCUUUCACAGUUGGUAUGAUGGAGCACCAGGCCGUGUACACAAAAUCGCUCUCCCCGUUCGACGACGUGGUGGACAGGACGCCCGUCAUCCGCUCCAUCGUGCUGAAGCUGCUAUUGAAAUACAGCUUCGAGGAGGUGAAGGACUACCUGCAGGAGUACCUGAGGCAGGUGGAGCAGAACCAGAUCCUGGGCAAAGACGACAAGUCGGAGCUUUACGUCCUUUUUGUCAGCUGCUUGGAGGAUUCAAUGUACGAUAAAACUGGAGCGUGCUCUGAGAAAGAGCAAACCCACUCUUUGCGGGAAGAGGCAUGUUUUCUAGUGAGAUACCUCCAGAAGAGCAGCCAGAAAGCCAGGAGGGAAUCCUCUAUUAGAAACCUGCAAGCAGUGGCCAAGGUCCGGCUCUGCCUGGAUAGGGCUGCAGAGCUGCUCUGUGAAAGGCAUGGAUGUCAAGAGCGGGCCUCAGAGAAGCGGAAGUACCUGGAGGCGGUAAUGAGGUUUUGCACGCACGCUGAGAAUGACUGGUACCGCAUCUACCUGGUCCGGAGACUCGCCAACCAGUACGGGAUGGAGUGUGCCCAGCGGCUUGCCAAUGAGGCUGAGUCUGGUUGGAUAUUUCCCGAGGAAAUUAUUCAACAGCAGAGGGAACAGCCCAGCCAGAUCGAUCGGUACCUGGUGUGCGGCGAGAGCUACCGGGUCCUGCGCGACGCUGUGGGGAAGGCGAUGCUGGCGUGCAAGAUGGAGGGCAUUGCCGCAGCCCAGGGGGCAUGUAACAGCCCCAAACCUGCACAAGCCGUUCACCUGCUCCUGGCCAUUUUCCGAGAGGUCACAGUUCUGUACGGAUGCAAGAACCCAAGUCUCCACCCCAAGCAGGAGCAAUGCGACGCUCUGACCAAGUUCAUCCAGAGCUGUGAAGCCCUGGCCUCGGCAGAUCAGAAGGAGUUUGCAGCUGCCCUGGUGCUGAACAGGAUCCCGUCGCUGGCCCUGAACCCCCCGCGCUUCAGCUGCGACGGGACGCUGAUCGAGAUGGCAGUUCACAUGGCUGCCGUCCUGCUGUGUGGGCAGAACCCGAUCCUGGAGCCCCUGAGGAACCUGGCCUUCGAUCCCAGCUCGAUGCAGCGUGCUUUCCUGCCUACGAUGCCUGAAGACCUGACAGACCAAGCCAUGGGGUGGGAUGGAAUGACGCAGCUGCACUGGUACACAUGCGCGAAUGGCCACCCGUGCACUAUUGGAGAGUGCGGUCGACCCAUGCAGGUCAGUCGUUGCAUCGAGUGCAAUGCUGAGAUCGGAGGUUCAAAUCACAAGUCCCUGCCAGGCUUUCAGCCAAUUCAGCAAAGGACUGACCGGACUCAAACUGGCCACGUACUCGGAGACCCCAGAAACGGAGAUGUGCUCGGGGUGUCUGAAAGGGCGCUGUCCCCUGUUGUCUGUCUUGUCAUCCGCUUGCUCAUGCACUCGGCGAUGCUGCUGGGAGCCACAAAAGACCCCCAGUCCCUGAACAGGAUAGUUAAGCCGCCAGUUCCAGACCCAGUGAGUUUCUUCCUGGCGCACAUGCAGAAGGACUUGACCCAGCUGAUCAAAACGCUGGGGAAGAGUGCCGAUGAGACUGUCAACGUGGUGCACGUCAUCCUGGGCAGCCUCUUCAAGGACCCCCACGAGCACCCAAACCAGUGGCCAGUUGGCUUUGACAGGACGCUCUCCACCAAGCAAGCGAGAAACACCUGGGAAGGAAUCAUUGCAAACACUGUUGUUAUUCCUGAGUUAAAGUGUUUGGACCGCACCCUUCAGGAUUUAAACGGGCAAAUCAGCACGGACGAGAGGAUCUGCUCCAGCCCGGUGGUGAAAAUCGUCUACGGCGACCCCACGACCUUCCUGAGUCGGCUGCCCACAGACAGCGCUGUGCACUGCUCGAAGAUGUGGAGCUGCAGGAAGAGGAUCUCGCUGGAGAACCUGGGGCACGUGGUGCAGCAGCGGGACGGCAAGGACGCCGUGCCCCUCCUGUGGAAGUUCCUGCAGAAGGAAGGGGAGCUGCGACUGGUGAAGUUCCUGCCAGACAUCCUGGCUCUGCAGAGAGGCCUGGUGAAGAGGUUCCAGAAUGUCACGGAUGUGAAAUGCUGCACGAUGCAAGACUUCCUGAGAGAGUCCCACUCAGAUGUGAUGAGGAAUCUGCUCCAGAGCCAAGUGACCACAUUCCUGUCAGUGUGGAAUAAGCUCAGGAGAUCCUUGGAGACCAAUGGGGAAAUCAAGCUUCCCAAGGACUACUGUGAUGACGACCUGACCCUGGGGAGCCCGUUCGAAAUCCUGCUGCCGCGCAGGCGGGGGCUGGGCCUGUGCUCCACGGCUUUGGUCAGCUACCUCAUCGGCCUGCACAACGACUUUGUCCACAGCGUGGAGAAGCACACGCAGGAGGAGAACAAGUACAUCAUCAGCCCCUCGGAAGUGGCCGACCUGCACGUGAUCAGCUACGAGGUGGAGAGGGACCUGAUCCCUCUAAUCCUGUCCAAUGCCCAGUACAGCGUGGAGAAGGGCGGGGAGACGCUGCAAGAGUUUGACCUGGAGAAGAUCCAGAAGCAGGUGGUCAGCAGGUUCCUGCAGGGCAAGCCCAUCAUCACCCGCACGGGGAUCCCCACCCUGGUGUACAGGCACGACCGGAACUACGAGCACCUGUUUAAUGACAUCAGGAACAAGCUGAGACAGGACUCCCUGCCCAACGCCACCAUCGGCAUGAUCACCGGGGAACUGCAGUCCUUCAAUGACAUCUGCGAAGCCCUCUCUGUCAUCGAUGUGGUGCUGGGCUUCCUGGCCACAGCCGGCGGGGACGCGGACAUGCUCCUCAUCACCUACGUCCAGGACGUGCUGCAGAUGGGUGACACGAGCCCCCCUGUGCUUCAGGCGCUGAGCCGGUGCAGCCUGAAACACAGCAUCGCCCUUUGGCAGCUCCUCUCCACCCACAAGUCAGAGCAGCUGCUGCGGCUCAAGCAGGACCCCUUUGCCGACAUCAGUGAUGAAUACAAAGAGGAGCUUGGAGCAGAGGAUGCAAAGCGUCUCGGUGCCUGCCUGGUGCAAGCCGGGCUCGAGGCUUUCCUGCAGGAGCUGCACGAGAUGAUCGUCCUGAAGCUGAAACACGCCCAGGCUGGGAAUGAGUUUAACUCCAAGUGGGGGCUGAAAGAUGCAUUCAUUUCCUACCUGGAAACAAAAGACAGCGUCAUACCUACAGAGCUGGAGGAGCUGUUUCCAGAAGACAUUCUCCUCUCCCAGUGCAUUGCUGCCUGGAGAGCAGCUGCUGCCCUCAAACGGGAUCGGAGAGUAGGUUAAUACAGCAGAGAAAUGGAAGAUCACAGAAGGGCAGCACCGGGUCUCGCCAUAACCUGCUGAGUUAUACUGAUCCCUCCUCCUUGGAAGGUGAAUUCUGGUACCUCCGAUGCUUUUCAAGUCAGUGAGCUGCUGGCAGUUCAGCUGCCUCCGCUGUACUUGAUUCAGGACCAAAAUGUGAUGCACAAGCAUCGAGGGUUUGAUGCAUCAGAAGCACAAAGGUUUUGGGGAACCAACCUGUGUACAAUACUGUUUCUUAAGCCUGUAAUGCAGUUGUCUUAAACGUUCUGGUGCAUUUGAAGGGUUAAAAAAAAAAAAAGCCAUUCCCCUUCACUGACCUGUCCAGGGAGGUAUCCGUGUGCAUCUCCUGGGCGACUUGGCAAGCCAUAGUAUAAGCAUGUUCUUUCUGCACAUUUUCUGUAGAUAUAAUGACGCUUCAUAUUCUCCCUUGCUGUCAGUGUUUUCGUACUUAGCAAGAAAAUGAGCCCGAUCCUAUCACCAAGUCUUCUAAGCUUCCCCAUUGUAGUGAUACCAAAACUGUCAUCUUCAAUCCAAAGAGACACGUCUUCCCCUCUGACGGGAUAGCUUCGGGCCCCCUCGAACACCCCGCGAGGGGUUGCAAGGAGCGCGAGUGAAGCCGAGAGCUUCGGUGAGAGCGCACGUAGACAAGGUGGAACAAUGCAUUUCAGCACUCAACCAGGGAAGCUGCUCUUGUGGCUGCUUUAACACAAUGUGAUGUGGCUCUGGUUGUAGUGAUGUAACUACCUCAGCACCAAAACCACUUCCUGCUCCUUUUUUGGAGGCCAUACAAAUAUGGUGCUGAGUGGCUGCUUUUUGGCAUGUGUGUGCACUGCAGAAACACAUGCACUUGCACAUCAGGGCUCAGCCUUUUUGUCUGUGUCGAGGUAUGUUUACUGUCAUGUCCAUCCUGGGAUCCCCAGCUGAGGACCUGGUCUUCCCCUCAAUCCCUUUUUAACAUCUUUCCUGUCUUCUUGGGCUUGGGCAAAUGUCAUCCCACACUUUUGGGGGGUUUUUUGUUUUUCCUCUCACAUGAAGAAUCUGCAGCAGUCAGGGGCCACAGUGAGUUCUUGCUGGUACAGGAGCACAGUUUGUGAUUGUCAGCGGACCCAUGUUUUCCUUUAGAAAACCUCUCAGGCCAAACGUUUUGUAAUUUCAGAGCCAGAAGCUAGGCUUGAGUAAGUUCCAGAUUUUCAGAUCAAAUUGAGUGGGAAGUCGGAUCUUUUGAGAUGUGCUAUAUUCACAAGCCUUUCAAAGUGAGAGUAUUCUAUAAACCACGCGCUCACUUACUACAUUUGAGGAUGUCAUGGUCUCCCUUGAAUAUUGCACGUCCCCAAGCCUGGGUUUACCGAGCUGGGUUACAUGCAUCUGAAAAGCGCUGUAUUGUGAAUUCUCACUAGGAGAGGUAGUUUGGGUUCCCUUUGCAGGGAAGGUCCAAGCUUUGCCCUAACAGUUCACUGCCAUUUAUUGAUUUGUUGCAAUAUUGUUAUUUUAACCAGUAUAGGGGGAUUGGAUCCCUAAAGACAAUUGCGGUGGUUUCCCCAUUGCGAGCUGUAUAGGUGCCAGUUAAAACUUGCUGUUUUCUCCGACUGCAGACUUAAUAUUUCAAGUUGCCUUUUUAAAAGGUGUUGAAGACGGGAGCCCGCUCCUAAAUGUCUCAGGUUCUCAGUUUGGACAGACCCCAAACUAAACUUCUAGUAGCAAAUAAUGCACCGGUGACUUUUCCAGUUGCUGUUUUGUUGCUUUUUCUAGGUGCCUUAAAGAGUUACCGGUAUGGCAUCGUGCCAGAUGCAAUUCUGUUCAACUGAGCUGCUUUUACUUUUUCGAAGGAUUCUUUAUACUGUUUUAUGAUAGUUGUUGCUAUUUUUUCUUGUCUGGAAAUCUUAAUAAAAUUGUUCAGAAGAGUUUAUCACUAAUAAACAAGCUUAUCCCCAUUUA